AUGCCUGUGUAUGCAAAGUCGUCCGUCUAUCAACUUCCGGCGAGUGUCAAACGAGCGCGCGGUCGGCCACCCAAUGUGGGUGCGGCUCAAGCCCAGAUGAUUACAGAGGACAUGGGGGACUAUCGAGCGCUGAAGGCUAGGAAUGCGCCUCAAGGUGACAUCACCGCCGCUAUCAAUGCAACGGCCAGAAAUCUGAUUCAACGAUACGGCUGGGACGAUCCACUACAUGCACGUUCGAUCAAGGACCAAGAACAGAGCGUUGACAAGGCCGCAGAUGAGGACCAACAGAGACAGAGAGAUUCCACCCUCAAGAAGGUCCGAGAAGAAGUCAAGAAAAUCUGGCGAAGAAACCUGCUAUCUGGAGCCGGGACGGCAGCCCAACCCUCGACAGAUAUCGUCGAUCUAAUCAAGAUAUUUGCGGCUAAGCCUCGGCGUCAGCAGGACUAUAAGAUAUGGGCAAAGUCGAAGCCGCGUCCCAAACUUGAGAUGGAGGUGGACGUUCAACACGCUGCCAAAGUACGAGCCAUCGUUCCGGGUGCCGCCACUCCACCUCGUAUAUCAACCUGGAACGCAGUAGCGUCACAAUGGUACAAGGCGGCAAGCCCCAAGGACAAGAAGGUCGCUCGCAAGAGAGCUCGGCGCGCUCAUAGAAAGGCCAUGCGGGAAUGGGAAGCAAGUGCAUCAGCAAUGCCCAACUCACCUGAGGAGGCGAUCAAAUUCAUGGAAGCGUCGCAGACAUUCCUGAGCGACCUCAUGCACUUCUUCGCAACGCGCACCUCCGGAAUAGCGGUUAUGUUCCUCAGCGGACCUGCAGGCUCGAGUUUGAUGUCAGCUUUACCUUAG